AUGAAUUAUUUUGACGGAUAUGGGUAUCACGGGACAUCAUUUGAGCAGAUAUAUCGAUGCUACCCAGCAUCCUUUAUUGAAAAGCCCCAAAUUGAAAGUGGUGACAAAAUUAUAAUGCCUCCAUCAGCCCUUGACCGUCUAGCAUCUCUGCAUAUUGAUUACCCAAUGUUGUUUGAACUUCGUAAUGAUGCUGCUGAGAGGGUUUCUCAUUGUGGGGUUCUGGAGUUCAUUGCAGAGGAAGGCAUGAUAUACAUGCCAUACUGGAUGAUGGAGAACAUGCUUUUACAAGAAGGAGACAUUGUUAAAGUGAAAAAUGUGACACUUCCAAAGGGGACAUAUGUAAAGUUACAGCCGCACACAAAAGACUUCUUGGAUAUUUCCAAUCCAAAAGCUAUCUUAGAAACAACCUUGAGGAAUUUUUCCUGCUUGACUACUGGAGAUAGCAUUAUGGUGGCUUACAACAACAAGAAAUAUUACAUAGAUAUUAUAGAAACGAAGCCUGACAAUGCCAUAAGCAUAAUUGAGACAGACUGUGAGGUGGACUUUGCUCCUCCCUUGGAUUACAAGGAACCUGAAAAGCCCAUUGCACCACUUCCUACUGGAAAGGCACCAAUGACUGCUGAGGAUACCCCUGCCGAAUCUGAGCCCAAGUUCAACCCAUUUUCUGGAACCGGGAGACGCUUGGAUGGAAAACCUUUGAAGUAUCAGCCUCCUCCUGUUUCCUCUUCCUCAGGGUCCAAGGACAGGAAACCUGAUGUUCCAAAUGUCAGUUCGCAGGCUUCUACAACUUCUAGUUCCCAAAGUAAUGCUCGUCAAUCUCAGGGCAAGCUUGUUUUUGGGUCAAAUGCAAACCGUACUAAGGAGACAGGAAAGGCAAAAGAGUCAAAACAAGAGCCACCUAAAGAAGAGAAAGGAGAGUCGAAAUUUCAAGCUUUUACAGGAAAGAAGUAUUCUUUACGGGGUUAA